AAAAAAAAUAAAUAAAUCUUAUCAAAAUGCGUCCUUUCGGUAACGACAUCACCAAUAUUGCCAAUAACGGCAGUAACGGUAAUAACGGAAAUAAUAAUAACAACAACAAUAAUAAUGGAAAUAAUAACACAGUCGAUCUACCUUUGGUGGAAGAUCCCCGGGUCCCACCCCAUAUUGCCAGAAUUGGUGGUAUUGUCACAUUUUCCCCAGUAGCUGGCCGAGGAGUUAUUCGUGUUGUCGGACGCUGCGAAGAUGCCAAAGAAAAUAAUAUGUUGGAUCUCUCCGAAUGCGAGCUGAUGCAAAUACCUGAUGCCGUCUAUCAUUUAAUGCGCAACACAGAAUUAAAAACUUGUGAUCUCAGUGGCAAUGUGAUAAAAAAGAUUUCACCAAAAUUUGCAUUGAAAUUCACAUUGAUAACAGACUUAAAUCUAUCACACAAUCACUUGAGCAAAUUGCCCGAUGAAUUGGCAGAUCUCAAUAAUUUGGCCAAAUUGAAUAUUUCACACAACUCAUUUAUUGUGUUACCACCGGUGGUAUUUAAAAUCCCUAAACUACGUGAAUUGGAUGCCAGUCAUAAUGCCAUAAUUGAAAUCGAUACCGAUGAAAUUAUUACCAGUGAUAAUUUGGAAUUGGUCGACCUGCGUCACAAUCCCUUGGGUCGUACCUGCCAUCGUCAGUUGAAAAAUAUACAAACACCGUUCCGUUUGGAAAUAUCGGAAUUUAAUGAAGAUGAAGACUGGUAAACCAAAAACAAAAAAA